UUUCUUAUCAAAAUAUAAAAUGUCUUCACGUGAAUGGCACGUGCUCGACCUUCAUAUUAGGGCUCCGGUUUCUCACCUUUCUUUUCUUCUUCUCCUCGUAAACCCUAGGGCGGCAGCUUGCAGCCGGAAAUUACAUAUACGUAUUAGGGCUUAGGGUUAGUUUGCUCAACAAUGGCUCCUGCUAAAGCUGACCCUGCUAAAAAGUCUGACCUUGCUAAAAAGUCUGACCCAAAGGCCCAGGCCCUGAAAGCUGCCAAGGCUAUCAAGAAAACUGGUCCCGUCAAGAAGGCCAAGAAGAUACGAACAUCAGUUACCUUCCAUCGACCAAAGACAUUGAAGAAAGAUAGAAACCCCAAGUACCCUCGCAUAAGUGCACCAGCAAGGAACAAGCUUGAUCAUUACCAAAUCCUAAAAUAUCCACUCACCACUGAAUCAGCAAUGAAGAAAAUCGAAGAUAACAACACCUUGGUUUUCAUUGUUGAUAUCCGUGCUGAUAAGAAGAAGAUCAAGGAUGCGGUCAAGAAGAUGUAUGACAUUCAGACCAAGAAGGUCAAUACCUUGAUUAGGCCUGAUGGGACUAAGAAAGCGUAUGUGAGGUUGACACCGGACUUUGACGCUUUGGAUGUGGCAAACAAGAUUGGGAUAAUCUAAUACUGUAGUUGAGCUUUCGUAUGCCAGUUGUAUGAUUUUACUUAAUUAGUAUUUGCUUUAUAAUUUUGACAUUCUGCAAGGAUUUUGGAUUCAGAUGGGUUUCAAUCCUAUCUCCUGUUGAGACCUGGUAUGUGGAGGAUCUGGUCUCUUUGAAUCUGUAGGACUUGGAUGCUGUUUGAGUUUUAGUUUGAUGCAAGGAUUUCUGGCUUCUUUUGUGCCAACAAUGGUAUAUUUACUAUCAAGAGAGAUUAAGCUAA